AACUCUACGUGGCUAAUUGGUUAUUUCAUGUUGGAUAACCAAACCAAAUGUGUAUAAGUGUGUGGUGUGUGGUCCAACUUCCAUUCCCAACUGUCACCAAUUCCAACCAUUCGUACCUUCUUAAUUUCCAAACUCCAACUCCAGAAAAUAUAAAAUUUCUUUCAUUUCCAUUCAGAUUAACAUUAUCCAAUCUCAUUUAUACAUAUAUAACAUCAGAAUCUUAAUGUAGUGACGUAUCACAGAUUCUAGUGUCUCUUGCAGAGAAAAAUGACUUCCACUGCUACGGCAGCCACCGUCAACGGCAGCACCAGCCCCCAUCAUCAUCAUCACCAUCAUCAUCAUCAUAGAUAUUCAUCGAUGGGAUUGAGGCCAACAACGUUGUCACUGCCCAAUACUCCCAACUGGGCACCUUCCUUUAUCUCCCACAGCCAUAGCCAUAGCAGCCAUAGAUCCCACCAUUCUAUUUUAGUCCCCAGAGCUACCACUUCUUCUUCUUCUUCUUCUUCUCCGGACACUUCUGGUAAUAAUAAUAAACCACCCAAUAACAAGAAGAGAAACAAGAACAAAAACGACAAGAAGAAACCUCAAAAUCAAGACCAAACUCAACAGACCCUUCCUUCUUCUUCUUCUGCUACAACAACUACUACUACUAGUGUUGUUGCUCAAGAAGAGCAGCAAAAGCAGCAGCUUCGUCUGGAUCUUGAGGAUGUGAAUCCUGUCGGACUCGGUCGGCGGUCCCGUCAGCUGUUCGAUGAGGUUUGGCGUAAGUUCUCUGGACUGGGCCAGAUUUCGAGCACCAGCAGAGCAGACCAGAGGGAUGCACUUGAUGCUCUUCUCAUUAGGGAAGGACCCAUGUGCGAGUUUGCCAUUCCUGGUGCCCAGAACACCACAGUUCUCGUCGUUGGGCCCACUUCUCGCAUUGGACGCCUUGUAGUCCGUAAGCUCAUGCUCAGAGGCUACUCUGUCAAGGCCCUGGUGAGAAAGGCAGAUGAACAAGUGGUGGACAUGCUUCCUAGGUCGGUUGAGAUUGUUGUUGGGGACGUAGGUGAUCCCUCCACACUAGUGGAUGCUGUCGAAGGCUGCAGCAAGAUCAUCUACUGUGCUACUGCUCGCUCCGCCAUUACUGGAGACCUCUUUAGGGUCGAUCAGCGCGGAGUUUACAACCUUAGUAAAGCGUUUCAGGACUAUAACAAUAAGCUUGCUCAGCUAAGAGCUGGCAAAAGCAGCAAAAGUAAGCUCUGCCUUGCCAAGUUCAAGUCCGAAGAUUCAUUGGUUGGGUGGGAAGCUCGUCAGGGCACCUAUUUCCAGGAUGUUGUUGCUUCUAAGUAUGAUGGUGGAAUGGAUGCUAAGUUUGAGUUUACAGAGACUGGAGAAGCUGUCUUCUCAGGUUAUGUUUUCAGUCGAGGAGGCUAUGUAGAGCUGACGAAAAGGCUUUCACUUCCUCUGGGUCGGACUCUUGACAGGUAUGAAGGUCUGGUUCUCUCUGUUGGUGGGAAUGGAAAAUCUUACGUUUUAAUUCUUGAGGCUGGUCCCUUAGCAGAUACAUCUCAAAGUAAAUUGUAUUUUGCACGAUUUGCCACAAAAGUAGGAUUUUGUAGGGUGAGGGUACCCUUUUCAUCCUUUCGCCCUGUGAAACCGGAUGAUCCACCACUAGAUCCAUUUCUUAUACAUACAUUAACCAUACGUUUUGAACCCAGAAAGCAGAAACCUGCAGAAGGGCCUGCAGCAGGAGUUAAGCAAGACCCUAGAAGCUUUAAGCUUAUAUUGGAAUACAUAAAAGCUUUACCUACUGGGCAAGAAACGGACUUUAUCCUAGUUUCAUGUACUGGAUCAGGAUUAGACCCUACCAGAAGGGAGCAGGUUCUUAAAGCCAAGAGGGCUGGAGAAGAUUCAUUGAGAAAAUCAGGACUUGGAUAUACAAUUAUUCGUCCUGGACCCCUUAAGGAAGAACCCGGUGGCCAACGUGCACUCAUAUUUGAUCAAGGAAACAGGAUUUCACAAGGAAUCAGCUGCGCGGAUGUAGCUGAUAUUUGUGUGAAGGCAUUGCAUGAUUCCACUGCACGGAACAAGAGCUUUGAUGUAUGCUAUGAAUAUGUUGCUGAGCAGGGGAAGGGACUCUAUGAGCUGGUUGCACAUUUGCCUGACAAAGCCAAUAACUAUUUGACUCCAGCACUAUCUGUUUUAGAGAAGAACACAUGAUCCUCCAGGGCGAAGCCAUUUUUUCCUAUUUGUAUAGAGAAGCAUACAAUGCUUUACUUUUUUUUUUUUUACCAUUUUUUCUUCUCUUUCUACCUACAUAUCUUUACUGCCCCCAGAUACAUGUUGGUUUAUAAUAGCACUUGUAAUGCCUUUUAUUUCUGUAAAUUCAAAUGUAGAUGGGUUACAUAUAAUAUAUUUUAUUUAUGGACAAGUGUAUAUGAAUAAAAAAAGCAGAGUUACAAUA